AUUUUCGCAAACGGAAAUAUGAAAUCAGUUUUAAUUUUAAUUUCAACAUUUUUUCUUAUACACUGCGAGGCUGCAAGUAUUGAUGAAUUUUUUAAGUAUCAUGAAAAUGUGCAGGAUAUUGUUUUCACUGUUAAUACAUCUGCAUCAAGUAUUUAUGUUUGUGCAUCCCUCUGUGUGUCUAGCAUGGGAUGUUCCUGUUUUCAAUACGAUUCACAACAAUAUAAAUGCCAUCUUCUACAACCAACUGGCUCACUUAUUAAGGUACCAGAAACUUCAGGAUAUAACCUCUACUGCACUUCAACGGUUGAAAUUAUCUUGUACCUUGGAUGCUAUGUAGAGACAUCUCCCUUAGAUCUAGAUGUUCUAGUAAGCGUUCCUUAUUCUAUGACCCCCAAAGGAUGUAUUGACGCAUGCCAAAACCUAAAUGAAGGGUUUCUUUAUGCUGGAGUGCAAACUGGCAGCCAAUGUUGGUGUGGUUCUAAAUAUGGAACACAUGGCUCUAGUACAGAAUGUACCAAUGCGUGUCCUGGAGACAAUACAAAGGCAUGUGGAGGUUUUGCCAAAUCUUCAGUGUAUGUAAUCUGAGAGAACACAUUUCUUGAGCUGCAAAAACCUAACAAUUGUAUACUAAAAGUAUUUUACAUUUAUCUAUAACAAUGUAAAAGGCCUGUGAUGCAUAUGUGUAUAUAG